AACAAAAUACAAAUGAAUUUUGUUGUUUUUCUGUCUCGGGUUUUCCUUAAAAUCAAUCAUUUGUGAACAAAUAAUCGCGAUUAUAAAUCAAACUGCAGUUUUUUCAGACGCAACACCGAACAUGGACACCCUGUCGCUAACAGCGAACGAAGACCCUUGUCGGUUAUGUUUAAAAAAGUGUGAACAAACGUAUGGAAUGUACGUGACUUCUCCAGAUGGAUUGUUGAGAGAGCUACCCCGAAAAAUUCUCGAAUGUAUUGCACUGGAAAUAUCCGAAUCGGAACCACAGAUAUUCUCCAAGCUAGUAUGCAGCGAGUGUAUCUGUAAGUUGGAUUAUUUUCACGAGUUCCGGGAAAACUGUCGCAAGUGCCAAGCGUUCUUCAGUGAAAUGAUGUUAUUCUGCCAACCGGAACCCGUAGUAGAUGAUGAUAGCCAACAAAUACUGCCCGAAAUAAACUUUUCUGGACACGAAUUCAUGCUAGAUGGGAACACCAACAAAGAAUAUGAGUACAUAAUUCAAAGCCUAGAAAAAGAGGAUAUUUCGUUUUCAUCAAAUGUCGAGGCACUAAAAUUAAAAAGAGAACUGGAAAUCUCUAUCCAGCAGAAUCAACAACAUGGAAAAUUUCUUGGCAUGGGAGAACCCUCUACUAGUGAAACUGUGAUGCCUAGCGAGGAAACCUGUUUCAACAAUUUAGAGGCGAUCGUCGAAUCAAUUACACAACAGAAUGCAGCUUCUGGAUACAUUAUAGAACAAGGACCCCCAGAAGAUGAUCUGGAUUAUGAUGAUUUUGUUGGAAUUGAGACCGUGGAUGAAAAUAGAGAUGCCUCUAUUUCAGAAAUUCACGUACAACAAAUAAUAGAUCAGAAAUUCCAACCACCUUCGGAAGAUGCGACUGAAGCACAAUCACAUGCUACGGAUGAAACUUCAGUAAAACCAGAACAAGAAUCGUCGCCGAUAAAAGAAAAUCCAACCUCUGCAAGCGAGCACAGUCAAGAACCUUCUCCCGCGAUUACGGUUCUCAAUGAUCGCACAUGUGAUAUAUGUGGAAAGAUUUGCACUACUAGAACGAAAUUAAAACUCCAUAGAAAUUCUCACCUGAAAAUUUAUCCGUUUACUUGUCCGAUGGAGAACUGCACGAAAGCAUUUAAGUCGAAAAUAGGUCUAGAUGAGCACGUGGCUAAACACACUGGUAACCAUCCCAUAUCGUGUGGAGUGUGUGGCAAAGGUUUCAUGAAUCAGAGUUAUUUGACCGCUCACCAAAGGACACAUUCGGAUGAGAAGACUUUUAGGUGUAACAUUUGCAAACAGGCAACCUUCAAAAGCAAGCGUUCCUUAAUAGACCACAAAAAUCGCCACUUGGGCUUGAAGCCAUUCGAUUGUGGUCAAUGUGGCAAACAAUUCACCAAUCGAUAUCUUUUGCAGCAACAUGAACAGGUCGCUCACACAGGUGUUCGAUUUCCGUGUCCGCAGUGUGAAAAAAGUUUCACUUGCAAAAGCUAUUUGAAGGUUCACCAACGAAUCCACAGCAAUGACCGGCCGUAUGUUUGUGAGAUUUGUCAGAGGCCUCAUCUGACGCGGCGAGAUCUGGAGGUUCACCGUUCCGUUCACAGUGGCAAGAAAGAGUUUGUCUGUGAUGUUUGCGGGAAGGGGUUCGCGAGAUUGAAUGCUUUAACUUUUCAUCAGAAGAUACAUGAGAAUCGUCCGAGCGAUGUUGUCGGACCAUCCCUAGGAUCAAACGUAAUAUAGCAAUAAUCAAAUACA